UGAAUGGCAGUUGCGAGUCAGUAUAGCAAGUGGAUUAACCUCGACACUAUGAAAUUUCUAAGCAUUCUGUUGGCCAUGUGCCUCUUCUUGGCCCUCGCCAUAUCGCCAAUUCGUGGCGAUUUAACUGAAGAGCAGAACUCUGAGGAUAAGAAGGCCUUCUGUCCCUGUCCCAGGAACUACGAGCCCGUUUGUGGAACCAACAGGAUCACCUAUCCCAAUCGCUGUGAAUUCGAUUGUCAGAGUCGCUCGGCGGCACGUCAGGGACGCAGUUUGGGACUCCUGAGAACCGGAACCUGCUAACACGGAUACUUCUCUAAAAACUAAACCAAAGAAACAUCGGGAAUUUGGAAUAAAACCAAAAUUAAAUUGGAAAAAUAAAUAAUCAAAUUGAAUAAAUAUA